AUGGCUCACAGCUUCACUCAGGAGUAUUUCCAGAUCCCUGUGGUGACCCGAGCGUACACGACGGCCUGCGUCCUCACCACUGCUGCCGUGCAACUUGACAUCAUCACCCCCUUUCAGCUCUACUUUAACCCCGACCUCAUCAUCCGCAGAUACCAGAUAUGGCGUCUGAUCACCAGCUUCCUGUUCUUUGGUUCUCUUGGAUUCAGUUUCGUGUUCAACAUCAUCUUUCUGUAUCGAUACUGUCGGAUGCUGGAGGAAGGUUGUUUCCGGGGAAGAACGGCAGAUUUUGUUUUCAUGUUCCUGUUUGGAGGAGUCGUGAUGACCCUGUUAGGUCUGUUCGCCAACGUCUUCUUCCUGGGUCAGGCCUUCAUCAUCAUGCUGGUGUACGUGUGGAGCAGAAGACAUCCGCUCAUACGCAUGAACUUCUUCGGCCUCCUCAACUUCCAGGCCCCGUUCCUGCCCUGGGUGCUCAUGGGAUUUUCGCUGCUGCUCGGAAACUCCAUUGUGGUCGACCUCCUGGGCAUCAGUGUCGGCCACAUGUAUUACUUCUUGGAGGACGUGUUUCCAAACCAGCCGGGAGGAAAGAAGCUGCUUACCACACCGGAGCUUCUGCGAGCGAUGUUUGACGAGCCGGAGGAGCCAGACUACCGCCCCCCCCACGAGCAGCAGCAGGACGAGGAGCCGCUCAACUUCAACUGA